CAAGAAACCAUGGAUCUUGGUGCAUGGCAACGAACUCUACUGCGAGGUCCCUCGCACGCUGCACUACAUCGCGGACUCCUCCGGCCGCGCCCGCUGCAUGGCGGUGGAUGUGACGCGUCACGGGGAGCUGCGCGAGCUCUUUGCCCAGAUGGGUGCGUCCAUCAAGGUCUUUCACUUUGAGACCGCGACCAAUCCAAGUGGAGACUGGACUUGGAUUGCCCUGGACCCUUCCAGUGACCUCUGCCCACAAAAGUUCCUCCAACUUGGAGGGAACUGGAAAGGCCUUGGAUAAACUUUUGGGCGUCGGAUUCGACAGAGAUCAAUUUGACAGUUCUUUGACUUCCGCCUCAUUCAAGAACUCAGGAAGUCGGCACCAGAGUGCCUCUUCGUGUGCGAUAAUACCUGGCUCUCCGGUGCUUUGUUCAAUCCCUUGGACCAUGGUGCGGACCUGGUGGUAUUGACCGCCAACCAGGGGAAAAUAGUCUCCGCGACGCGACGCCUCGCACGUUUGAAGACGCCUCAGACGCCACGUCCGGGAAGGUCAACACACGUGCCGCGUUGGUGCUUUUGGGGGUACCUAGGUGACCGGCCGCUUUGGUUUGGUAAUUGCAGGGCCUGCAGGGCCAGUAGAAAAGGCAUGUGGCUUGUCAGCGUCACCUACGUGCAUCUCCCUUCAGCGGAGGAGAGAAACGUCCAAGCUCCUUCCACCGACAUCACCGGAGCGGGUUUUGCGAGCACGCAGCAGUUGUGGCAAAGAUUUCUGCAGGGGGUUCCAAACGUUACGAAGUUGUCUGAAGCCUUUCCUGCCAACAACUGUUACCUGAGGCCUGGUCGGCAAGCUUCUUUUUUUCCUUUGAGGUCUCUAGCAAACUGAACUGUGCUAUCAUUGACGACCUGUGCGAAGGGAACUCUACUCAAGACACACAGAGUCCACACCCGGAGUCGCCCACGUGAUCGACGGAUGUGCACAACAAGACACGAACGAUGGAGGUCGGACGAACAACGAAGUAUUGAGGAGACGCGCGAAGCCCCGAUUCACAAGAAACAAGAGCAACGGCCCUUCCCGCUGUCAGAAAGAAUGACGGAAACCAAGUCAGAUUCAGAGGGUGAGCUGGCAGAGUAAAGAAAUCGCAGAUUGGCAGACCCAGUCGGAUCGAUUCAAGAAGUUCUUCAACAUGGAGUGGUUCUUGAAUGUGGACAAAAGACGGCUCAAACGCAACAAGAGAACAAGACAACGAAACAGAGUUCUGUAGUGUGCCGCAUGCGAAAGACGGCUGUAGUGUGCCGUAGUUUACAUGAAGCGCUUGCAAGCUACAGCCCCAGCCCAUCCCAACUCUCCAACUCACCCCCAGAAAGACUGCUGCUUCCACUGAAGCGCCAAUGCUUAUCGAGAGGCCCACCCACAGUCCCAGUAGCUAAAAAACGAUGAUUACAAUAUUGUGAGUGGCUGCGCGUGGCUGCGCUUCACCAACUAGUUAGCCCCAAAAAGCAUGUGCACUUAUAACUUAUAUAAAUCGUCUUUGAUGGUAUAGGCCUGCCAAGAAUCAAAACACAUUGAAUAAUCCACCCCCCUUCCGGCGGUGAGAGCAUUUUGACGUGAGAACCCUGCAAUGACCACGAGGUUUACAACAUGGUACGAAAUAGAUUCUGUACAAUAGGUACUUUCAUUUACUACAAAAUAGCUAUAGUUCAACAUACCCCUCAAGAUCUCUUGGCAACUUCAUCCUGGAUCCUGAAUCCCCAAUUAAGGGAGGGAGCUGUCUUAGUGAUUGAGUUGUGAUGGAUGGGGUCGGUAUAGAUCAAAUACCCCCUGUGGGAUCGAUCGAACUCCGUUCAGACCUGCGGAAGCCUCCGGAUCGCCAUCCGGCGGGGUCGGAGGUCGAAAGCAUGACGAAGUACGUCUCCGCAGGGAUGUGCAUUGGUGGCGCCGUGCUGGGGCCGAAUGGGUUGAUGGCACCCAUCCUCUCGUGGAUCAAGGCCUUUGGCAUCUUCGUGGGACAAGACCACUGUCAGCUCUUCGCCGAGGGCCUCCAGAGCCUCCACGCUCGGAUGGAGGCCACCUCGAAGAGUGCUGUGGCGCUGGCGGAGUGUUUGGAAGCGCAUCCAGCGGUGAACCGCGUAAUGUAUCCGCUGCUGCCGUCCCACCCCACAUUCUCGAUCGCCAAGCGAUAUUUGACGAAGGGAGGGCCCGGAUGCCUUUGGUUUCAUGUCUCGGCGAAGAAGCAGCACGUCAUGAAGACGAUCACUGCGUGGACCUCGCCCGAGUGCAAGACCUCCUUUGGUUCGAGCACCUCGCGCUUGGACCCGUGGCCCCACGCUGCGCCUGCCCAGCUCUAUGACCAGACCGGCGAACAGACGUGGACGAGGACGAGUUCCGGGACGGCGAAGCACGGCACCUGGCUGCGCCUUGCGGUUGGAUACCAAGAGGAGGUCGCUAUGCUGAUGAAAGACUUGGAUCGCUUGCUGGCGCAGCUUGGGCCCUACCCAGAGGAGAAAGAUGUGCAAAAGGUGGUGCCCAAGGCUGCCGCGGGCUACGCCGACGGCGUCACCGUUGCGGACGCCGCGGACGCGGGGAAGCGGUCGAGCGCCACGAGCGAAGGCCGAUGGAGACGAAAGCUUUAGAGGAAGCAGCCUGAGAGAACCUCAGUUUCGGAAGCAGCCUGUUUCCCGGUGCCCAUACCUCUUCGAGGAUCGAGGUCGAAAACGUUGGACCCCUUAGGAAGAAUGGCACCCUCGGUCCGACGGUUUCCUCCAAGGUUCAUGUGAGUCGACUUAGCGGGGUAAAACUCCGACAGUCCAUCGAACAUGGAAUGCGGCACAAAACAACACUUUCUCUCCACCAGGCAUCCCGGCAUCGGCACGAAGUUGGCAAACAUGCCAUGCAGGUGGACUGAAUGCUCAUUUCGAGUAUGAGUCCAGUGUACAGCCUCGCUUGGUUUUCUCUUUCUUUUUUUUCUGUUUCGAUCAGCCAAGUUCUACUGACAUGGUCGCAGAGUUGUGUACAGUGUACAGGUGGUGUCUUUUUGCGAAAUGCCGGGUGUGGGUCCAUGACAUUUUCCAUGAGCU